AUGACAAGGAUUCUCUAUACCAAACCCUCACAAAGCGACAAACACAACUCAACUUGUAGAUGGAAGUCACUUGGCUCUCGAUGUUAUUCGAGAUUAUCAAAAUAUGAAAGCUGUGUAUCCUGAAGGUGACAAAGGCGUGCUCAUAUCAUUUGGGCACGAAGGGAAAUGGUACUGGAAACAGCUUACUCCCAGUGAAUCGCUAUUCCGCGAUGAUCUGUUCAAACAAACAUGCCAAAACAUCCAGGACAGGAAUGAAACCAGGGUUAUCCGGGAUAUCUCCCUUCUGAUCGUGCCAUCAGCCGAGACUCUAACUGCAUAUGGCGCUGGACAUCUCAAGAUCUUGAUCGAGAGCACCAACGAAGGCUGGAGCAACUCUUUUCCCUUAACAGGCACGCGUCCACAGCCCGACUACUCCGUAGGAUUCAAGCGAGAGGCAUUCACCCAAGAGCAGCUCGACAAGCUCGCCCCAUUCAUUGGCGACUUCAUCGCUGGUGAUCAGUCGUACUUCAUGGCUACGUACUACAUGUACUUUCCGUUUCUUACUUGUGAGGUGAAGUGCGGUGCUGCAUCGCUAGAUAUCGCGGAUCGACAGAAUGCCCAUAGCAUGACUCUUGCGGUGAGAGCCACCGUCGAGCUCUUUAGACUUGUUGGUCGUGAGAUGGAGCUUCAUCGGGAGAUUCUCGCCUUCUCAAUUUCGCAUAAUCACAGGUCGGUGAGAAUAUAUGGACACUACGCAGUCAUUGAUGGGAAGGACACCAAGUACUACCGCCAUCCAAUCCAUGAGUUCAGCUUUACAGCUCUAGAUGGUAAGGAGAAAUGGACGGCAUACAAGUUCACCAAGAACGUCUAUGAUAUAUGGAUGCCGAAUCGUUUCAAACGGCUAUGUUCGGCCAUAGAUCAAAUCCCGGCAGAUCUGGAUUUCAGCGUUCCACAACUUUCCCAGAGCUUCGGGCUUUCACAAGAUCUCGAGCUCCACCAUCUCUCAGGAUCGAGUCAGCCCGAUUCUCAAUCACAAGAGUUCAGUCAGCAAAGUAAUGAAGGCGCAUAUGACACCACCCCCAAUACGUCCUUCACCGGCCGAGGCGGUUCGAAGUGUCCCAGGAAACGGCUUGCUGCAAACGAAUAAUGCGUAUUGAAAACUGUUUUGUAACACUACGUAUAUAUUGCUAUUCAACCAACUCAAUUCAGUCCGUGCUCUGCAGAGCUUCAAGUGCUCUGAAAAGUCUAGAUAAUGUGUUCAUAUAGCUGUUGAUGUCGACUACAGCGAGGUAGUUAAUAUCCUCGCUCAGCAUGAGGGAUGC